ACGUUUUCUUUGUCGACGGAAGAAACCGGAGAAAUUAGCGGAGGACCGGGAGAGCGUCUCCUAAGUUGGGGGAAAAAUGCUGCGAACACUCUGAACCUUAGGCUACUGCGCACACAAUGGUCUGGACAAUAUUCUUUUUGAGCCUCUCCUUCAUCCAUGGUCGGUCAUAAGCAAUGCUCCAGAGAAGAUGGGACAAGCUUUGUGUAUAUGCUUGCGCAGUGCCAUCACAAUUGACAACAAGAGAUACUACUUCAUCCAGAAACUAGAAGAAGGAGGUUUCAGCUAUGUGGAUCUGGUAGAAGGUGCACAUGAUGGCCACUUCUACGCUCUAAAGCGAAUCCUUUGCCAUGACCGUGAGGGCCGCAAAGAGGCUCAGACCGAGGUGGAGAUGCACCGCCUUUUCAACCAUCCCAACAUCCUCAGCCUGACAGCACACACCUUUAUGGAGCGCGGCGGAAAGUGUGAGGCCUGGCUGUUGCUCCCGUACAUCAGUAAGGGAAGUCUUUGGUCCGUUCUUGAGAAGCUGCGGGAUAAGGGAAGCUCUAUGCCAGAGAGCCGCAUACUACACAUUCUGCAUGGCAUCAGUGAAGGCCUCAAAGCAAUACAUGACAAAGGCUAUGCACACAGGGACUUGAAACCCACCAAUGUUUUACUGGAUGAGAACGAUCGCCCUUUGUUAAUGGACUUGGGCUCCAUGAACAAGGCCAGGAUUGAAGUUCGGGGGUCGCGGGAGGCCAUGACAGUCCAGGAUUGGGCCGCUCAGAGGUGCACCAUCUCGUACAGAGCACCAGAGCUCUUUAAUGUGGAGAGUCACUGUAUCAUUGAUGAGAGAACAGAUAUUUGGUCUCUAGGUUGUGUGUUGUACUGUAUGAUGAUGCUGGAGGGACCAUAUGACUUGAUAUUUCAGAAGGGUGACAGUGUGGCUCUCGCCGUCCAGAAUCCAGUCUCCAUUCCACAGCCGUGCAGUUAUUCUCAAGGUCUUCAAACCCUCCUCAGCUCCACUAUGGUGACCAAUCCUCAGGAAAGGCCCAGAAUCAGCUGGAUCCUUGACCAGGUCCAGAACCUUCAGGACUCAAACAGUACAGACGUAGAUACCAACAGAGUAUGAUGCUUCCAUUGAGAUUUCAUGUCAGUUUUCCUUUGGACUCUGGGCUUUUUGGACUAUGCACUCUCUCUUUCGAACAAAAUUAACCAACUGAACUCACAAGCCUUGCAAACAUUUGCUCUGUCUUACCUCAGUGAGCUCAGUACACCAUGGUUACACACUCCAGCAUGAUCACACUAGCCUUCACAUCAAUAUCUCAUAUUUCACACCAAAAUCCAUUUUGAGCAAUGAAAUGAUCUUAUGAUUUUGGGGUAAAAUAUGAACAAGGCAUGUUCCUGAUUUUGUGGGAUUCACUGUAAUGUCACACAAACCACACAAUAGAGGGCGAUAGCUCAGUUUGCUCAGGCUGCAUUAUCACAGGCACCGGUUACAUAUCAAACCAGUUGUUUUAGGAUUGUAAUUUGGCCUAUCUGUCUUUUUUUCCACAUUUCUAAGAUUGUUCAUUUUAAGGAAUGAAAACAAAUGUAUAUUUAUGAGGAUUUUGAUUUGAAUUUUAGCUGCUUAAAAUGUAAUUGACAUCAGUUAGGUUAUUUAAACGUAGCUCUCCUGAUAAAGCAAGACAUGCAAGGUUUUUGUGGGCAGAGAAUUAGGGACUUUGUGUUGUGAAGGUCCAAAGAUAAAGUGCAGUUACUGCCAGUGGACUUCAUUUGUGAAACAGAAUUCUGACUAAAACCAUUCUUAUGCAUGUUGUAGCAUAGAAAAAAUAGUUCUGCUCACGUUUAAUGAAGGAGUCUGGAAAAUAUGGCUGAAGAAUUUGUGGAUUAAAGAAUAAGUCAUUUUAAAUAACUUGUUUGGCUAUAGCUCACUACUUUUAUUACAAAGUGAAAGUGCUGUUAGUUAUGCUACGCUCAGUAUUUGUUUCAGAGACUUUGAGAGGAUGUGUAACAAAAGGUCAUGCCUGUGAAAAUGUUACUUUGCAAAAAGAAUGUUCACUUUUUAGUCGGUACAAAUUACUGCGUAAAUACUCAAUUGUUUUGUUUAGUGGGAGUUUCUUUAAUUGCUUACAGCAUUUGUGUGUUCUUUAAAGGAAACUUGUAAAAAAAAAAAAACAUUAGAAAUAUAUGCAUUUAAAUUGAGCAAGAAAUCCACAUGCCUAGAGACAAUUGCUGCAUUCAGUUAUUUGUUUAUUAUGCCUGGUAAGGCUUAGUGUGGCUGAAUCUCACAGAAAGAUGUAGGGUCAUGUUUUAACUCAUUAAUAACAUUAACAACAACAAACAAACAAACAAAAAAUAUAUAUAUAUAGUUUGCUUAAAAAUAAAUAAAAUAAAGCCUGAUUGUAGGACCAUUACAUUAUUUGGCAUUGUGGCUUUAUGUUAAUAUGACCAAGACAUGUUUUUAUGAGAUCAUAUUUGCGUUAUAUGCGCUUUGAUAAUUCAGAACUAAAUUAACUGAAACAUUCCAUACAUAUAUAGUAGUUGGAAUAUAAUCUGUGAAUAAGGACCUAAAAGUGUUUCUGCUUUUUGUUUGUUUUAUUUUUUUAACAGCAGUAAUUUUCUGAUUAUUUCAGAAAAAUGAUCAUAAUAUUCAGAUUUACUGCAAAUUGCUUUGCUGUGGCUCACCUCAUUUUGACUUGGAUAUUAAUGUUUUGAAAGGUCAUUACCUUGCACAUGUCCAAGUUUGCUUCUGUUCAUGAAUUCUUAAUUAUGCAAGCCUGUUAAUUUCUAGGAUAUAAGACUGGAGACAUAUAUCUUGGCAUUCAUUUACAUGUAUUUCAUUCCUUUUGUAAAUGGUGAAUAAAGUGUGAUUGAAACAG